AGUGUUUGGGUCUUCUUAGUAGUUUCCGUAUCAGGUCAACAUUGAAGAUAAUCGACAGUGGGUGGAUAUUAAUGCUCAACGAGGAAUCAAUGGCAAAGAACUCAUUGGAAUUAUCACUUGGCAUAUUUGGAAAAUGUUUGCCUCCUACAUUUGGGAAGAUGUCCCAUCUUCAUUAAGUGAAUACAAAAAGUUAGUGUUGGAGCGACAAUAGCAGCCCUUCUAAGAAUAAUGGGUUAGGGGCAAUUUCACCAAAACCAAUAUAGGUACUCCUUACAAUUGGGGAAAUUGGAUUUGCACCACCUUGUAACGAAAUAUCACUGGGAACUUUUGUAUCAACGAAAUUAUCAUUAUGCCCACGUGCAAUCCAUCCCCCAAACUCGAAUUCCACUUAUUAAAUACAAGCAGAUCGAAAAACCGUGAUCAUCACUGGAAGAGUUUACUCUCAUGCUCUUUGUCAAGUGUAGACCAAAGCAGUCUUUCCGAUGUAAGAAGGAUUAAUUGUGGCAUUGACUUUGUCUUAGUCUAGUACUUUUGGUAAUUACUGGUAAGAUUCGUCUAAAAUCUCUCCCAACAACUAUAGUUUUUCCUCACAAUUGGGCUUUAGGUACACACUCUUCUUACACACUCCUACACACUAUAAAUACUUUUUUUAUUUUUACCAUUUCACAAUUAAUUUUAGCCCUUUUCUCUCCCCACUCCCACCCUACGCCCCUUUCAUCCCUUCUGUCCGUUCCUUUCUUUCUCCAUUCUCCACCUUUUCUCCAGUUCUCCUCUUUCUUUCUUCUCUUCAUUAUAAAGAACUCUCUCAAUUCCUUAAGAUAUGAAUAGGUACAGAAAUUCACAAUUGGUAUAGAAAUUCAUGGAGUUUUCUUCUCCUAAAACCUUGUACAUAUGAGGUAUUUAUUCCCUUUUUGUGCAUUUAAGGUCACAAUUGAUUUUGUUUUUUUGGAUUUAUGAAUAUAAUAUAUGUUGUAAUGUUAAAUGCUUAUUUACAUUGCUAUAUCCUUAUAGAUUUGUGAUGUUAAUAUUUAAGUUUUUGUUCAACUAUUCUAUUUUACUUUUAUGCUCAAAAGGUGUUUGUUGAAAUGUUUCAAUGAUUUUAUUGAUCCCUGUUCAACUAUCCUAUGCAAGAUUUGUGAUGUUACUUUUAUAUUUACUUUUUACUUUUUGUUUGUUUUGUCAAAUUAGCAUGUAUGUCUAUCAUUUGACGUGUUGCCAUGUUUACAACCUACUGUGAAGCAUGUGUACCCGGCCACUAUUGCUCCAUGAAUGGCACUAUGGAUUCAUUCCAAUUGCGUUCUUAUUAUGUUUGUCACAGUGGAAAAUGCAUCUUUAUUUGCUUUCUUAACUAAAGGAAUGGUGAUUGAUUUUUAUUCUUCUUCCUGAAAAGAAAAACAUGCUUAUAUAGCUAGUUUGUGUUGGUGUGUUAGCAUAGCCCUUUGUGUUGAUCAGUUGAUGUGUGAAAUUCUGUCAUGCAGGAAUGGAAGAUUUAAAGCACAACAAUGACAUCCAAGCUUUAGUCUCAAAAGAUUUAGUUUAAAGCACAUGAUAACUAAAUAUUUAAUGAAAUAAUUACAUAUAUAUGAUCAGAGUAAAGAUGAAUUACAAAAAUAUGACUAGUUACUAGAGUAGUAAUGAAAUCAUAGUAACUCAUGGUCAAAUUUUGAACUUAAUUUGUCACAACAUUACGUUGUAGUAAUGAAUAGUCAUAUUUAUGUAGAUAAGUUUUAUUUUAGUAAUAUUCUUGUAAAAAACCCUUUAAUUUUAAAUAUGUAUCUCACAUGUUAUGUGAUGGAGUAUAUGGUCCGGGAACCCCCGGCCCACAGACUCCUACUACUCCAACACAGGCCCAACAGGCCCAAAGCACAGCGGCCCAAGCGUCAAGAAGCCCACGGUGCGCAUACGGGGUGCCUUCGGCACCAUGGCCGAAGGCUCCAGGUCUCACAGGACGGCCAGUUUUGAGCAUACAAAGCUACUGGGAGAAAAUGGCAGAAAUCAAGAGCCUUCGGCACCUCCGUGCCCUUGGCACCGAAGGAGCCUUCGGCCACCCCAAGCCCUCGGCUGUCCAGAGCCUUCGGCCACAGGGAAGCCUUCGGCUAACAGCUCAAUCAUCGAAGAUUCCCUUUGGAGACAAGCAACCACCACACUUAAUGCGGCGUCGCGUCUAACCACCGCAUUUAAUGCGGUGCACAUGUGAGUGCCGGUGCCACCCCGAUCGAGGUGACCCCUCGGCCGUCGGAUUACUGACAUGUGUACUCUCAUCGCAUUUAUUGCUGCUAUAAAUAGCAACCCCUAUUCCUCUUUUAAAGGACCAGAACAUCUCGAGUUCAUUAAUACAAUCGCC